AUGAUCUUGCAAAACAAAAUAUUACAAGUGAAGAAUUAUAUCGAUGGUCAAUAUCAAUACUGUUUGGAAUCAAAUGAUUUAUCUUUGGAAAAACAAUUUGUUUAUAAGUUUACAUUACCAAGAUUUGGACAUAAGUGCCAAUACGAACUAUACUAUUAUGAUGAAACGUUUGCAACAUUUUAUGAAAUAGUUAGGGAAUAUUAUUAUCAACAGCGAAACAACGAAGAAGCUUUGACUUGUUAUACUAUUUUGAAAUGUAAUCGUGGUCAUUCACCAGCAUGUUUAAAUUGGUCAGAAAUUUGUGAUGGUGUAUUUAAUUGUCUAGAUGGAAAUUCUGAUGAAGAACAUUGUUGGCAACUUGAAUUCAAUCAGUGCGAAGAAGGUGAAUAUCAAUGUAAGAAUGGACGAUGCAUACCGAACGAAUUUAUUUAUACAGGUAUAUCAAGUUGUGAAUGUGAUGACCCAUUGUACAAUUGUGCUACUGAUUCAUCUGAGCUUGUGUUCGAACUAGAAGGUGCAAUAUGUGAAACGUCAUUUUUAACAAGCAACUGUGACCUUUUAAAUCCUAUUUUCAAACUUAUGAGGAUACUAAAGUGGAAGAAUAUAUCCGUAUUAUAA